AAGAAAACUCUGGGGGCGUGGAACUUGAAUCUAAUAGUACCAGCCACCGGCGCUCCCACAUAUACAUUUGAAGAAGUUCUAACAGAAGGAGUGUUUUUGCCAAUAAUGCACUAUAACGUUAAUGCUGAUAAACCCCACCCCAGAAGAAGAAGAGUGCGAGUUGUUGAUUGAUAGAUAUCGGUUGGGGAUAUCGAUGUGUUCAGCUGAUCUGCCGUAUGUGAAAGAGAGAGGAGCGGGGACACUUUCUUUCAAUGUGCUGGGACGGAUAGAACUGACACAACAUGGAUAACGCCUGUGAAAAUGCCAGAUCAAGAGAAUGGAGCUAUGGUGAUGGAUACAGCCGCCAUAAUAUGGCUCAGUGGCAAAGUGCUCCCCCUGCUGGUGAAAGACAGUACCUCAUCCAACAGGAAAGGGAACGCCAGUGGCUGAACCACGAGAAAGAAGCUGCCAUACGGGCCCACUACAAUUCCCUUAGACAAAACUCUCCAAUGGACUUCCGUGGACAUGGGGCACAAGAGACCCAGCCGCCGCAUCUGUAUCAUCAGGACCAUCACAGAAUGGCUCAGAGUCAGAACAUAAGGGAUUGGCCAAAUCUCUAUGGACCCCUGAGAGGCCAGGCAUCCCCUAAUGUAACCUUACACCGCAGUGGAGAGAGACCCCAUGUUUCUGGUAAGCAUGAACCCCACUUCCCCAGCUAUGAGUUUCUGCCCCCACUCAUUGUCGAAAGAGGGCAUGAGGAUAUAACCCAUCACCAUAAAACUGACCGGGAUUAUAUGGUUGGUCGGAUAGUGAAUCAUAACAAUCUCCAUUACUUGGAAAGCAAAUGGCAGAUGUUAGAUCCCACCCAUUCUAAUGGACAUGCUAGAGGACAUUUUAAUGAACAUUCAAGGGGACAUUCUAAUUCCUAUUCAGGGUUCAUUCUACUGAAUGCUCAAAGGGAAGUUCUAGGGGUGGGUCUAGUGGAUGUUCUAGGGGUGGCUCUAGUGCACGUUCUAGGGGUGGCUCUAGUGGAUGUUCUAGGGGUGGCUCUAGUGGACGUUCUAGGGGUGGCUCUAGUGCACGUUCUAGGGGUGGCUCUAGUGGACGUUCUAGGGGUGGCUCUAAUGGACGUUCUAGGGGUGGCUCUAGUGGACGUUCUAGGGGUGGCUCUAGUGGACGUUCUAGGGGUGGCUCUAGUGGACGUUCUAGGGUGGCUCUAGUGGACGUUCUAGGGGUGGCUCUAGUGGACGUUCUAGGGGUGGCUCUAGUGGGAGUUCUAGCGUCCAUUCCAGCAGGUCUCCCAGGCUGGACUUCCAGGCUAAGCAUGUCAACCCUUUUCAAACUAUGACCAACAGUUCUACAGACAUUCAGAACGCCAACAUCACUCCAACUGUACCUAUGGUCAACAACAAACACAGUGAAACAACAUCAGGACAUACAACUGGUCCUGCGAGAUAUUCUACAUCACUUGUUUUUACAGAUUUCCCUUCCACGGGAAGUACAGUAUCUGGUGUUGUUGACCUAAAAGCAGCCCAGGUAACAAAUGCAGGCACCCAUGGUAUACUAGGACCUAGUGUUUCUUCCCAAGCCAUAACACAACAUACAGAUCAUCUUCCUGGCAAUGCUGCUCUGGUUUCUCACACACAGACCUCUACCACCCCAGAACAGCAACAUGCUUCCUCUCCUUCUCUCACUGACACCCCUCAGGAAAAACCUCAUAAACAUAAGAUCUCACUCAAGGAAAUACAGCACUGGCCCCAGAGUGUUUUAAGAUCUAAAAAUGGACCUGUAAAUGGGAAUAACUCAACACAAGACCCCUCUCAGUCCCUACAAUUCAGCACAGAGAAGAUGUAUGUUUUACAAGCAGGCAAAACACAACUACAUCUAAACACCAAAGACUACCAGGCGAGCCCCCCUGAGAGGUUUAGUAAUGAGGACUCCACUAUACGGCUGGAGAUUAAGUCCACCCCCAGGUACAUGACCCUGACGGCAGUCGCCACCGCUCCGCCGCCCCCCGUGGCUAUCGUCCCGCCAAUGGGUCCACAGCAGUCCCCAGAGCCCAUGGAGACAGAGAAUGCAGGCAAUGAGCUGCCAUUUAAGAUUUUACAGACCUGGUCCAUCAACGAAAAACAGGCGGAAAACCUGUGGGAAAGAGCUAAAGAUGAUGCAAGCUCUCUCUCUGUCCUAAAUGAGAUGGUUCAAGUUGAAAGUCUUCUGUCUUCUGAGUGUGAUAAACCUGUAGAUGCAUCUGCAACAAGUUCAAUGGCAUCUACAGGAGAGGACAAUGAUGAGGUCCUUCAGGUCAUCACACAAAUGGACAAGAGAUCACCUUCACCAUUUGUCCACACCAACCCUCAGGCAACUGAUAUUGUAUGCAUCGGUGGUGCCCAGAUAAUCGUGGAAGGUAGCUCUAAUGUUGCAGAUGAGAGCACUCUUGAUUUGUCCACGAUUGCUGAAGUUCAGUUCAAGUUAUGUGCGCUUCAGAGACUGGUUACUUAUCUGGAGAGUGCGACAACAGUCACAGAGGCAAAGGAUGGUUGUCUCGGGGCCAUAUUGGAGUUGUAUUGGGGAGGGGAUACCUCUAACCUGUUAGAAGCUUUAAAAGAUCAAAUGGAUGAGAAAAUCAUGCAGGAUGUGUCUGCCUGGGCCGCAGAGGAUGAGAAGGCAGUGGUUCUCUUUGCAGUCAGUGGUAUAUCACUA